CAAGCUAAUGUAUUUACGGGAAACUCAAAGCGAGACACGGCCAUGCCAGUCUAAUGAUUAUCGUUGGACAAUUAUGCCCCCUCAUUUUUUCAACAUGGUAGUUGAACAGAAGCAUGAUGCUUACAGCUAUGCAGAUGGGUCUAGACAAAAAUUUCCUGCAUUUUGGAAUGUGGAUACGGUCUACAUGCCAGUUUCACACAAGGAUCAACACUGGUUAAUCUUACAGAUAAACAUGUUGUCACUAAAAGUUAAAGUUUAUUUCCCAAAUAAUUGUAAUGUAAUGCAUUGUGGAGAGUCGUUUUGCAUACAUAAAAAAAUACAUCAAAUUCUACUUGAAUUUGAGUCUCCAUUCUUAUGGUUUUUGGGUCGCAUAUCGUACUGGCAACUUUCUGGAAUAAACGAGACAGAUACCUUGGAGUGUGCGGGGGAUGAUGUGUGGCCAGAUAACGGGGAUCAUACAGGUCGAAAUUCAGGUGUAAUUAUUUGUAUGUUAAUGGAAAAACUUGUUCAAAACUUUGCAUUGACAUGGGAAGAGGAAAAUCUACAGGAUGCUUGUGUCAGAUACAGACGGUACAUGGCGGAUGAACUCUACGCUGGCCGAUUCACACCAAAAAAAAACUGAUGUUUGUAUCUAUGCAUGUUAAAAUAAUUCAAGUUAAAAUAUAAAUAUAUUUUUCAAGUACAAGGAUUUCAACAGAAUGUUGUGCAUA